GGCAUUCCGAUAUACAAUAUUUGGGAUUAUAUCAGAGACAACAAGAAAAAAAGAUGCCAACACUUUUAUGACGAGUUUGCGAAGCUAUCCACUGGACUGGUUCAUCAACACGAAGUAGCUGCAAGAGAAGAAUACAAAGGGAAGAACCGAUACAGGGAAAUGUACGCAUAUGACCACUCCCGCGUGCCGUUACAAAAGCGGAGGGAUGACGACUGUGAUUACAUUAAUGCGAGCUACAUAGACGGUAACGGUAAAGUCCGAAAGUUUAUCGCUUCUCAAGGUCCAACCAUAAACAUGAUCGACGAUUUCUGGCGAAUGGUCUGGCAAGAAAAUGCUGAAAAGAUUGUAAUGCUUACUAACCUGAUUGAAAUGGCGACGGUCAAGUGCCUUCAAUACUGGCCAGAAAUGGACCAAACCUGCUCAUUUGGAGGAAUCGACAUAUCUGUCACUGGUGUUGAAGAGUUAAGAGAUUUUGAAAUAAGAACACUAAUUGCUAAAAAGAGUAAAUCUAGGAGAAUUCAACAGUAUCAUUUUAAAGCUUGGCCAGACAAGUAUGUCCCUGACAAUGGAUGGUGCCUUGUAGAGUUUUUGAAUGCUGUCGAAACACAGUCGACAAAUGCACCAAUCAUAGUACACUGCAGUGCCGGUGUUGGUCGGACCGGCACGUUUAUUGCACUUGACAACCUCGUAGAUCAGGCAAGGACUGAAAAAUGUGUUAGACCGUUGCAAAUGGUUGAAGCUCUGAGGCGCCAACGAGUCAACAUGGUUCAGACAAAGGAUCAGUAUGUAUACCUGCACGAAGCGCUUGCCGAAGCUCUGCUGAUGGGCACUGAUCACGUCUGGCAUAGACAGUUUGAAGAGGUCCAUUCCUUCAUGAUGUCAACAGAACCGGAAGAGAAACAACCUAGGAUGGUUAAACAGUUUCAGUUGAUUGAACAAAGUCUUACAAAUGAAGCCCAGCAUGUGCAGGAUGGGCCAGAAUAUGGAAACAUGGAAACAAUUCUUUCAGAAAGUAUGAGUUUCAAAUAGUGCAUUUUGUUUAA